UGUGGACAAUGUUAAUUUCAGCGUAUACGUGGAGAAUCAGACACGAGGUCGAGACGCCAUGAGCCGUCGGCAGCACAGAGUGUACCAGCUGUACAGCAGGACAAGCGGCAAACACGUGCAGGUGAUGGGAAGGAGAAUCAGUGCCAAGGGAGACGAUGGGGAUAAAUAUGCUCAGCUUGUUGUGGAGGCUGAUACCUUUGGAAGUCAGGUGAGAAUCCGUGGUAAAGAAACCAACUUCUACCUGUGCAUGAACCGUCGAGGCAAGCUUGUGGGGAAGGCUAGUAAUCGCACUGCAGACUGUGUCUUCAUUGAGAUGGUAUUGGAGAACCACUACACAGCUCUGAGGUCAGCAUGCUAUACGGGAUGGUACGUGGGCUUCACCAAGAGGGGACGCCCCAGGAGAGGUCCUCAGACACUGCCCAACCAGCAGGACGUUCACUUCAUGAAGCGCCUGCCCCCUGGGGAGCAACCCGACCUGCAGCCCUUCCGCUUUACCAGUCAGCAAGAAGAAAAAGAGAGUGAGAGGGACCCGACCAACAGCAACUACAGCACCUAGAUAGUCAAUUGUCCUUCCCCAGUGAAUAGAAUGUGUAUUUUGCUUGGCUGAGCCCAGGUAAAGAGCUUAUUGGUGUAUACAGAAUGUACAUCAAAAGAUUUGGAAUUAAACAAUCUGACCACAUGAUGUCAGUGGUUGGUGCUGUGGAAGUGACCAGGGAAAAAUGGCCCUGCCUUUUUCCUCCCCAUUCCAAAGACACAAUGUUGUUUCAAAGUCUGUUGAAUUACAAUUUACAGUGCCAACCAUUCUAGUUAGGCUACAAAAGAUAGCUAAAGUCACUGUUUGCUACCACAGGGGUUAAAGAUGUGCUACCAAAGAUGACUGAACCAGAGUUCAAUACCAAAUAUUCAUGUUUUGAACAUCCUAAAGACAGCUGAACCAUGGGGUUCAAUACCAAAUAUUCAUGUUUUGAACAUCCUAAAGACAACUGAACCAUGGGGUUCAAUACCAAAUAUUCAUGUUUUGAACAUCCCAAUGAUGACGAAAACCAUAACGUUCAAUACCAAAUAUUCAUGUUUUGAACAUCCCAAAGAUGACUGGUCAACCUUUCAGUAACAAACACCCGAACCACCAAAGACAACUGGACUAUAAUGUGUAGCCAACACAGAGGGUCAGUCAUGGUUUCCCAAGACAUUUCUUGUAUGUUUCUCUUCAUAUUUGAUUCAGGAGCUACUGUUGCUGCCUAUUCA